UCGUGUCAGCCAAUCAGGUGCCGAGGCUCCAUAUUGAACCUUUGUUUUGGUGUAAGGCUGUGAAAUCUCCAUCGUUUUGUUUUGUUUUAAUUUUGUUUUGUUUUGUUUUGACCACAAAAAUAACACAAAAACGAUAGAAUUCCACCUCCACUUUUAUAUACUCGUAACGAUGAAGUUAUCGGACAUCAAGAAGCUUAAAGUGGCCGAGCUGCGGUCGAGACUUAACCAAGCCGGUUUGGACAGCCGAGGGCUGAAGGUAGAACUUGUGGAGCGUUUAUGGUCUUUACUGGAUAACAACGGCGGUCAGAGAGGGAACAUACACGAACAGGACGUUCAACGACAAGGUAUCACAGAGACCCCGGAAACGGUGGUGGCCUCCACCUCCUCCUCCCUACUUUUGUCCACUUCCCAUGCAGAGCCAGCCAGUGGCACGCCGCCGUGUGGACCGGCGGACCGGACCCGAGAGUUCUCCGACUCCUCCACGCAGACAGAAGCUGAAGGCAUCCCGAGGUGUCCGUUACCCAAUGUUGAUGACUGUCAAGCCGAGAAGAUCGAGCUGGAACCGGCAGAGGAGGUGCGAGGGCGAGCGUUUUACGAGUUUAAAGAGGAGAUACGAUAUAAAAGAGCCAAACUACCACAAGGUCCUUUGGAGGAAGAUGAGGGAAAAGAGGAAGAUGAAGAUACACUCAAAUUGCAUUCAUAUGACAGUCACCUGCACUUCCAAGUGGGCCCUGACGGCGCCUGCGGUCAGCCACGAUUCUGGGACAGAUUUCCUCUCCUGUGGUCUGGAUGCAGGCUCACCCACGGUGUGUCGCAAGGCAGGGUGGGCUUCGAGGUGAGGCUUGAAAGGAGGUUAUUGAGCUCUCAGUCGGAUGGCUCGGAGAGCGACCAGUCCUACGGGAUCCGAAUAGGCUGGUCCUUGGUCCAGACAUCCCUACUGCUGGGUGAAGAUGCGCUUUCUUUUGCUUAUGAUGGACGUGCGAGAAAAGUGACAUGCGGGAGAGAAGAAGAGUUUGGAGAGCCCUUUUGUGAAGGUGACAUCAUCGGCUGUUAUGCUUCUUUCUCCACGGAUGGCGGCGUUCAACUCUCCUUCCACAAAAAUGGCCGUUUUCUGGGUGUGGCUUUUUCCCUGGAAGCCUCCGAGCUUGGAGGCCGUGCUCUGUUCCCUCAUGUGAUCUGUAAGAGCUGUGCGGUUCGCUUCCUUUUGGACCCCACGGCUCCUCCCUGGUACCCCGUUCCUCCGGGCUUCACCACACUGGUAGCACUCCCCGCCAUGCUGAGGCAUCGCAAUGCGUCUGCGCCAAGCUCCAGAGCACAGAGUGAGGUAUUAUUGAUGGUGGGUCUCCCUGGUUCCGGCAAGAGCCACUGGGCCAAAGCUCACAUUCAGCAGCACCCAGAAAAAAACUACAAGCUGCUGGGCACGGAGGAGCUUCUCUCGUGCAUGAUGAGCGGGGGUGCAAGGGAGCGCCGGCUACAGCAGGCAGCCCAGUGUCUGACCGAGUUAAUCAAAAUGGCCGCUCACACGCCAGGCAACUACAUCCUGGACCAGUGCAACACUCUCUUCUCUGCACAGCGUUACAAGCUGCAGCUGUUCUCUGGCUUUGGACGGCGUGCAGCAGUGGUGCUUUUCCCCUCGGCGGAUGAGUGGAAAAGACGACUGUCGGAGCGGCAAAAAGACGGCGAGAACAUUCCCGAGACCGCUCUGCUCAAACAUCAAGUCAGCUGCAGUCUUCCUGAGCAGCUUGGCGACGUCUUGGACGAAUUACGCUACGUGGAGCUGGAGCAAGAUGUGGCACAGACGCUGCUGCGGGAGUAUAAAGAUGAGGCCCGACGGUUGCUGCCUCCUGUUACCAAACCGGAGAAACCGAAGAAGUAUUUGCUGAAGAAAAGACCGCACGAGCAUGGGCCUCCUCUACCACCUCACUGGAUUAGGGGAAGUGGAAUGAAAAGCUGGAAUAACAUGCAGUGCUGGGGCCAGCAUUGGACUGUGCCUUAUCAUGACCAAGCCUUGUACUACGCCAGUGGCUAUGAGGGCUACUGAUGAACCAGAUAUGGAAAGGAAAGCGCCAGUCA